AUGACACUGAUGAAGAGCGUAGGCAGCGUUUGGAGGCGAACAGAAUGCGAAUUUCUCAAGCGAAAUCUACUACGGCUUCGGAAGAAUCCAUACCGUCGACUUCAGCGCUUUGAGGUUUCGACUGGAACCAACAGGAUUAUGUUGUGCGAACUGAAAGAUCAAAUUACCACAACGCCACCUGAACCACUGAAUUCAUUACUUUCAGGACAAGAACCUCUAUCGAAGCAUUUCUUGCAGAAUAUUCAAAAUUACAACUGUGUAUUCCAAAUGACAUCAUUUGGUGCAAAUAUAAUUGAGGAAAGGGGUUUCAAUCCAACUUUUAAGAUUCAAGGACAAAUUCACCAUCGUGCAGGAGCAUUGUUGCCAUCAGUUGAUGGGGAAUACAAAUUUCUUCAAAUUUAUUUCCUCGGAAAUUCUGAAGCUGAAAUAAAUCAACGCUGUGCCAUCAAUCAUGCAGCUAGGAGAGAGAUCAUCGUGCAACUGCAACAACUGUUGCAUGCUCACAAUCAAUUGGUCCAAUUGUUUAAAACAGCCCUUGAAAUGAUGCCGUCGGACGAUCAUAAAAUAGUGACCAGAGCAGACAAAAAACCAACAGGAGAACAUGAGAGACGCUUCAAUGCACCUAUGUUAAAUGAAGUUGCCAUUGUGAUUGUUGGGGAGAAUAUGGAGUCUCGUGACAUUGUAAUUCAACGACGUAAUGGUAGCAAACUUCAGCGUAUCAGUGAAACACAUCGUUCAUAUGAUGCAUUACAAUACCCUCUAAUAUUUUGCAGAGGAGAAGAUGGAUACCAUUUUCAAAACAAGAUGAUUAAUCCAGCGACUGGUCAAGAAACAAACAAAAAGGUCAGCUCGAUGAAUUUUUAUGCAUACCGUCUCAUGAUUCGUCUAAGCGAGGACAACCACAUUUUGAGAUGCCGUCGAUUGAUUCAUCAGUUUGCCGUUGAUAUGUAUGUAAAAAUUGAAACGGAACGUCUGACAUAUAUACGUUUACACCAGAAAGAAUUACGUUCUGAACAAUACAUUCAUUUGCGCGAUGCCAUGAACGCAGAUAAAAAUGGAAAUAAUGUCGGCCAACUUAUUAUUUUACCAGCAACGUAUAUGGGAAGCCCGAGACACAUGCACGAAUACGCGCAAGAUGCUAUGACCUACGUGCGCCAAUACGGUAGACCAGAUUUAUUUAUUACUUUUACAUGCAACCCAAAAUGGAUCGAAAUCACUAAUCUGUUAUUACCCGGUCAAUCAUCCAGCGAUCGUCACGACAUAACCGCUCGAGUGUUCAAGCAAAAACUCAAAGCGCUCAUGGACUUCAUUGUAAAAUAUCAUAUCUUCGGAGACGUACGAUGUUGGAUGUAUUCUGUAGAGUGGCAGAAAAGAGGACUGCCUCAUGCGCAUAUUCUCCUGUGGAUGGUCGAAAAAAUAAGACCGGAUGAAAUUGAUUCGAUCAUUUGCGCAGAAAUUCCUGAUCCCGAAGUAGAUCCAGAAUUGUAUGAAGUAGUUAAGAAGAACAUGAUUCAUGGACCGUGUGGCGAACACAAUCGUGAAUCACCGUGCAUGAUCGACAACAAAUGCUCGAAGCGUUAUCCCCGUGCUUUGUUGGCUGAUACAAUUACAGGGAAUGAUGGCUACCCCCUGUAUCGUCGUCGUUCUAUAGAAGACAACGGCAGAACAAGAACAUUGCAAGUCAAAAAUAAGGAUGUCGUAGUCAACAACUGUUGGAUUGUUCCGUAUUCGCCGCUGCUUUCCAAAACAUUUAAAGCGCAUUGUAAUGUUGAGUACUGCAAUUCGGUCAAGUCCAUCAAAUAUGUUUGCAAGUACGUCACGAAAGGAAACGACAUGGCUGUAUUUGGUAUUGCAGGUCCAAAUAAUAACGAUGAAAUUUCAACAUAUCAGAUGGGAAGAUAUGUUAGUAGCAAUGAGGCGGUUUGGAGAAUCUUUUCAUUUCCCAUACACGAACGUCAUCCCACUGUAGUUCAUUUAGCUGUUCACCUGGAGAAUGGACAACGAGUUUAUUUCACGGCAGAAAACGCAGCGCAAAGAGCAGAACGACCAUCAGCGACAACGCUGACAAGCUUCUUCGAGACAUGCGCAAGCGAUCCAUUUGCAAGAACAUUGCUUUACUCGGAAAUGCCAAAAUAUUUUACAUGGAAUGCAUCAUCUAAAAAAUUCCAACGUCGGAAACAAGGACAGCCUGUCCCGGGAUACUUAAUGUUCGUGGACCAAAUUCAUUUCAAUUUCUACGAACUGUCGAUGGUGAAUUGUGCGCAACAUAUAGAGAAGCCUGUCAACGUUUACAUUUACUAG